AGUUAGGAACACUUACAAGGGAAGCAAACUGCCCAAAGCACACCACAGCGAGUUGAGGCAUCAGCUGGGACGCGCCGUCAACCGUACUCGUUCCAGUGUUCUCUCUCUCUGCAUUCCGUGCGCUCUUCACAUUCGCCAUUUCUUGCGUUCUUCUGCCUCCUACGCUCAUCCCGAUGCCACAGGAAAGCAGCAGCAGCGACAGCAACGACCGGCAGGCGCAGCGGCCACGCCAGCGGGAAGAGCGGCCCGCCAUCGCACCAGAUAACAUGCCGGAGGACCCGCCGGAGUACGGCGAGGAUGGCCUGCAUGUGCUCAACGACAGCGGGGAGUUCCUCGCCGACGAGGUGGUCAUCGUCGGUGAGCGUCUCGACGGCAACGAUGUGACGACGAAGAUGGCGAAGACAACAAAGAAAACCAAUUCGCCUGCCUCGUCUGAUGAAGGGGGCAUCCCAGCGCAGGUGGCAGUGGACGACUACAAGCAGGCAGGUGAGGCCGACAUCGCGCAGCGGAUCAUCGAGGCCGACCGCCGCGACCGCGAGGAGCGGGUCUGGCGCCGCCGUCACACGACGAACCCCUUUCUGCAUGCGCUGCAGCUCGUCAUUCCGUACGGCGGCAUCGUCUCCUCCGCCUUCAGCAUCGCGAGCUCGACCAUCGGUGGCGGCAUCAUCGGCCUGCCCUCUGCUUUUCAGAUGAGCGGCCUGGGCAUGGCGACCAUCUACCUGCUUAUCGUAAUGACCAUGGCCAUCUACUCCUUCGUGCUGCUCGCCAUCGUCUCGCAGAAAACGGGGCUGUACAACUGGGAACUGAUUGCGCGCCGCCUCAUGGGGCCUGGGUGGGACUACGCUGUCGUCUUUGUCAUGUGGGUGCUGUGCUUCGGUGGCGACGUCUCCUACAUCAUCGCCCUGAAGAGUAUCCUCUCCGGCUUUCUGAAGAACUCUGAGUCGGCGACGGCGUUUCUCAAGUCGGAGGGAGGCUUCCGCGUUGUCACGUCGAUGCUGUGGCUCGUUGUGAUUCUGCCCAUGUGUCUGUUGAAGGAGAUCAACUCGCUGCGCAUCAUCUCCACCGUCGCCAUCCUCUUCGUCGUCUUCUUCACCCUCACCUGCAUUAUCCACUCGGGGCAGACGCUGCACCACCGCGGCAUGCGCGACGACCUGGUGUACUUCCAGACCGGCAACACGGCCAUCAACGGGCUGUCGAGCCUGAUGUUUGCCUUUAUCGCGCAGGUGAACGCGCCGGAGAUCUCGCGCGAGAUGUACAAGUUCUCCGUCCACCGCGUCUUCCUCUCGGCGCUGCUGGGCAUGGUGCUGUGCGCUGUCCUGUACUUUCUGACCGGCCUCUUCGGCUACCUCGACUUUGGCCCGGAGGUGAGCGACUCCAUCCUCGCCAUGUACAACCCCAUGAAGGACCACCUCAUGGCCGUCUCCUACGUCGGCAUGCUGCUCAAGAUCUGUGUGGGCUUCAGCCUCCACCUCAUUCCGUGCCGCGACUGCGUCUACUACGUCCUCGGCACCGAGGCAAUACAUGUGCCGUGGUGGAAGAACGCGUUGCUGUGCUCCCUGCAGGCCGCCGUGGCGCUUGUCGCCGGACUUUUCAUCCCGCGCAUCAGCACCGUUUUUGGCCUGCUCGGCGGCUUCUGCGGCGGCUCCGUCGGCUUCAUCUUUCCGUCCUUCUUCAUGAUGUACUCCGGCGGCUUCACGGCGGCGCGGCUGGGCUGGCCGCACUUCCUCGGCACGUACGCGCUGCUCGUGGUGGGUGUGAUUGCCGUGGUGUGGGGUACAAGCGCGGCCGUCUACGGUGCCGCCACCACGGACUGGUCCGAGUAG